GAAGAAGUGGCCACUGUGUUUUGAGAUGGAGUUAAAUGAGAAACUGAAGCUGAAUAAAAGUGCAGGAAUGUAAACUUCGGCUCAGUGCUGAAACGGUUGAAAAUGGACGAAACUAGUCCUUUGCUGGGGAACCAGCCGCAGGACAGCCCAGCUGUUUUGUCUCCAAACCUGAGGCCCAGACACCCGGAUCUGAUCCCGACACCAUGUGGACCGAUAAAGUCCUGGUCUGAGCUGUCAUGCCCGCUCAAGCUCUACUUCUGCUUCACCAUAGCGUCUCUGCUGCUGCUGCUCGGCCUCACGCUGCCCUUCCUCAAGCAGGCGGGCAAAGAUGUGUCCGACAAGGAGAACUUCACCGUGUCUCUCAUCCAGCUGGUUGGAAUACUGUUCUGCAUGUACUACAUCAGCCGCGGCGUGCUGCAGGAGAACCGGCAGGAGCUGCUGGCCUUCAUGCUCAGCAUGUUGGUGCUCAUGAUCCGGUCCGUGGUCAACUUCUCCGUGCUGGACUCCAAGGGGAAGCAGGAGUUGCUGGUUCGCUUCGUGUGCAUCAUGUGUCUGGGCGGCGUGCACUUGUUCUGCACCACCUUCCUCCUCUGGAGGCCCAACAUGAUGGCGUUCAGGGUGGGCGGCGCCUUAAAGAGCCUGCAGGAGCAGUACUUCCUCCUCAACCUCUGCUUCUCCAUGGUGACCUUUGACCUGCAGGCUCAGCUGUGUCUCUGCAUCCUGAUCACGGCGCCGGACUCCACCAUGUUCGCGGCCAACAGCAUCAUCCUGGGCGUGGGAGUGGUGUGGGCCUGCCUGACCGACGCCGUCGGCGCCAUCGCGGUUUUAAAGGAAGCCAAGAUCUUAGUCUGGUCCUUCAUGGUCCUGAACCUUCCUCAAGUGGCCUUCUUCGUGUAUCUGAUGUACACGGUGGUGGAGCACUGGCUGCAGGACGACACCUACAUCCUGGAGGCGGCGGCCGUCACCGGGGCUUUGGUUUCACUGCUGAUCAAAGGCGUUUUAUUCUGGGGCCUCAUCAGACUGGUGCGCAGCUUCGGACAAGGCCUGAGAGAGAGAAUGUUCGCAGCCAGCAGGUGAUGAGACGUGGCGGAUCGAGGACGAAGCGGCACGUCCAGGACUGACCUUUGCACUGUGGCGUGAUCGCGGGGCUCGCUCUCCCGCCCUCUCUCUGUCAACCUGUGCCAAGCAUUUCAUUCACACAUUUAUUUACCCCUCUGUACGGUUUUUAACUUAUUUUGGCGUCUCGACUGUUUCUAAUCAGCUCUAAAUCCAGAUUUGGUCGACAUUUAGCUGUUUUUCUGGAAUAAUCACGUUUCUGUGUUUACACUCAUGCUUCCUCAUUGUGACCGCACUUCUUUUGUUGUCUUACUCUUAUUACUAAUUGUUACUUCUUAAACAGGCUCGUUUCAGGUUCGGUAGCUGCUUCUGUUUAACUCAGAUCGUGAUCAUGUUUGAAUCACUUCAGUCCGGUUCGUUCUUUAUAAAACUACAGUUAAAGCCGACUGGAGUCUCAAGGGAUUUGUACUUUAACUUGCACAGUGUAUGUAUAAUAUAUGAUGACUUGUUAGUAUAUUUUUGUAAGGUGACCAAUGCCCACAUGACGCAGUAACUGUCUUGCACUUUGCAUUGUUUUGUGUUUUUUUACUUUUGCUCAUUGACAAUUUUUCUUUUACUUUAUUUUCUGCUGCACUUUUUCCAGUGAAGUUUCAUAAUAAAACAUUAAAACCAAAAUUGUGUUUGGAUGCUACGAUCAUAAACCGUAGAGGAAGAAGUGGCCAAGUACUCUUAAGGCUUUAAGACCAGGUCCAAAUCUGUGCUGGUGCUCGAGCCAGUUCCAGACAGGGUGAACAAAAAACUGGAUGGGGUUUCCUUUGGCUGGAGAGAC